CUGUAGAGCGCGCGGGCACGUGCCCCCCUUCACUACCUCUGCACACCCCUACCUACCCACCCACCCCACUCGGAGAAAAUCAUUACCAAAUAGAGAGCGCGAGCGCACGCGGAGCUGUGGCUGCAGCCGCGUCACCGCUGGGCUGCGUUUACGACGCAAAGCACACGAGCGGCACAUCCUCGGCAGAUACGAACAGCGCGCGCACCCGCCUUCAAACGCACAACCAUUUACGCGCAGUGUGUCUGAGCCUGCGAGGCUUCUCCGUUUGACUCCUUCCUCCCAGUGACCGUCGGUUAAUCGUUUAUUAUCGAGGGUAGCUGCAGCGGGGGUGACACUGAGCAGCCUCCGGCCGGUGAGGCGAAUCCUGGAGCCCCCACCACUCAUCCGCUCCGUCAAAAUACGACGCACGCGACGCCGCCGCGCGGUUGCUGGGAUCUCGAACGGCCCGGUAGCCUCCGGUCCCGUCUCCAUUCAGUAGCGCUGCACGUAGCCGUGGGAGAACCCGAGAGCAUCCCUCCAUCCCACCCAGCCUAUCCCCACCCCCCUCCCUCUUUCUCUCCCCCCCUUUCUCUCUCGCUUUCAGCCCCUCUGGACCCGUGCUAUGCCGGAGCUCUAGGGAGAGAGGAGGGGGUCUCAUCAAGCCAGGGACCUGGGGGGGUGGGAGGAAGGAGGCUUUUCGUGGCCGGGGUGUAGACGUACCCUCCGCGUGGCGAGGCGCCUCUGUAUCGGAGGAUGCUGGAAUAGAGCGGCCGAGCGCGGAAGAUGGGAAAGGACCAGGAACUGCUGCAGGCGGUGAAGACCGAGGACCUGCUCACCGUGCAGAAGCUGCUGCAGAGGCCCCGGCCAGGGAAAGCAAAGCUCCUCGGGUCUGCAAAGAAAGUGAAUGUCAACUUCCAGGAUACAGAUGGGUUUUCUCCGCUGCAUCAUGCUGCCCUUAAUGGGAACCUGGAGCUCAUCUCCCUGCUGCUGGAGUCACAGGCUGCAGUCGACAUCAGAGACCAGAAAGGUAUGCGGCCGCUGCACUAUGCAGCCUGGCAGGGGAAGGCAGAGCCCAUGAAGAUGCUGCUGAAAUCGGGUUCGUCUGUCAACGGCCAAUCAGACGAAGGACAAAUUCCUCUCCACCUGUCAGCUCAGCACGGCCACUAUGAUGUGUCUGAGAUGCUGCUGCAGCACCAGUCCAACCCGUGCAUCGUGGAUAACGCAGGGAAAACCCCUCUGGACCUGGCCUGUGAGUUCGGCAGAGUUGGGGUGGUCCAGUUGUUGCUGUCUAGUAACAUGUGCGCUGCUUUGCUGGAGCCCAAAAAAGGAGACACCACCGACCCUAAUGGGACGUCUCCGCUGCAUCUAGCUGCUAAGAAUGGACACAUAGACAUCAUCAGGCUGCUGAUCCAGGCUGGCAUCGACAUAAACAGGCAGACCAAAGCAGGCACUGCCCUGCAUGAAGCUGCCCUCUGUGGAAAGACUGAGGCAGUGAGACUCCUGCUGGAGAGUGGUAUCAAUGCCACUGUGAGAAACACGUACAGCCAGACUGCGCUGGACAUCGUCUAUCAGUUCACUGCAACACAAGCAAGCAAAGAGAUCAAACAGCUGCUGAGGGAUGCGUCUGCAGCCCUUCAAGUUCGGGCUCUGAAGGAUUACUGCAACAACUACGACCUGACCAGCCUCAACAUCAAAGCAGGAGAUGUCAUUACGGUUUUGGAGCAGCAUCCCGACGGACGCUGGAAAGGCUGUAUCCAUGACAACAGAACAGGAAAUGACCGCGUGGGCUACUUUCCAUCCACCAUGGUGGAGGUCAUCAGCAAACGCACAGGUUUGGCCAGCACAGUCAUUUGCACUCAACAGUUUCAAAAGAUACCGCUGGUUGCCCCGGCGACGGUUGCCCCUGCCAACGCAGUAGUCAACGGCAACGACACCACGUUCCAUCAGAUCCAUAUCCUGCCUCCACCGCCUCCUCCUCCACCACAUUCCCAUCAGCCACUGCUUCCACUUUUCACUUCCUUUGGCUAUAACAGGUCACCCGUGACAAGUCCACAGGGAGACACACCUACUGCCCCAGGUUGUCGCGGCUCAGAGGCAAGUCCUCAAAGUUCUCCUACCCCGUCCAGCGGGCCCCAUGGAGGCUCCAAUGAAGAGAUCUGGGUACUGCGCAAGCCUGUGGCAGGUGGAGAUCGCAGCAGCGUCGGUAGUUCCGGCAGUGUAACCAGUGUGAGGUCAUCAGGCAGUGGGCAGAGUGCUGGCAGCGCUGCACACAUCCUCCACGCACAGGCUGAGGGGGUUAAGCUUUUAGCCACCGUCUUGUCUCAGUCUGCCAAAGCGAAGGAGCAUCUGAUGGAGCAAUCCAAGUCUCUGGAUCAGCCUCCAGGCUCUGCCAGCUCCUCUCGGACAUCGAGCCAAUCAGGCUGUCCACUCCACGAAGCGCCGCCUUAUGAUGCCACGGCAACCAGGAAGGGGGAGGGUCCAUCCGAGGGGAAGAGCUCAGAGGCCGUUGUCCAAUGGCUGAGCGACUUUCAGCUGCAGGUCUACGCUCCAAACUUCCUGGGCGCUGGGUAUGACUUGCCCACCAUUAGCCGAAUGACCCCGGAGGAUUUGACCGCUAUUGGAAUAACUAAACCAGGUCACAGAAAGAAGAUAACAUCAGAGAUUAACAAGCUAAGUGUUACAGAGUGGCUGCCUGAGCAUAAACCUGCUAGCCUAGGAGAAUGGCUAUCUUCUAUUGGUCUAAGCCAGUACCACCAGAUGUUAGUGCAGAACGGUUACGAGAACAUCGACUUCAUCACGGACAUCACUUGGGAAGACCUGCAGGAAAUAGGCAUCACCAAACUGGGCCACCAGAAAAAGCUAAUGCUGGCGGUGAAGCGGCUGGCUGAAAUGCAGCGCAGUUCAGAUGGGCGGGGCUCCCUCCGAAAGAAGCCCCCACCAAUCACACAGCAGCAGGAAGUCAUGUCGAUGGAUAGUCCCCCCCCAGAUGAGGUCAUGUCUCCCAAAAUGAGCACCUUCCAGGACAGCGAGCUGAGCACCGAGCUACAGAGUGCAAUGACCCAGCCAGGUCAGGAGGUCAAAGCUCAGCGAACACGCAGCCUCAGCAAAGACCACGAUGAGGUGCUUACAGGGGGAGGAGGAGGUGGCGGUGGGCCACCUAAGAAGGAGGCCCGGACUAUGAGGCAGCAGAGCAGCCAGGGAAGCACGUCCUCUCACCGAAGCAGUGUAUCCUCACAAGGCAAACAUCGUCACUCUCAUUCUCACUCACAGCCUGCGCCUCCCUACACACCCCCACACACUCCUACCAAGACCAGGACCUCUUCCUCCUCUUCCACAUCAUCUGUGCAGAGCACCUCUUCCCCACAGGCCAAGCCCAAGCCGUCCCCACAGUUCAUCCAGGGGGAAAGACCUCAGUCACCGCGCUCACAUCCUCCUCAGUCUCCAACCCAUCGCGGAGCACCAUGUCAGCUUCAGCCCCAGCAGCAGCAACCUCAAAUGCAGCCGCAGCACCAGGCUCACCCUCACCCUCAGCACCACCCACAGAUGCAGGCGAUGGAAGUCAGGGAGAGUCAGCAAGUCCCAGUCCUCUGUCUCCCACCAGAGGCAGAGUUAGCAGAGGAAGAAGGACCAAAGAACUCGUCUGUCCAGAAUAAACGCGCUCACACGCUCAACCGCUACGCUGUCUCAGAUAGCGAGUGCGAUGAGAGAGCGGGAGGAAGAGGAGGGGGUGGAGGAGAAGGAGAAGCUGACGUUGUAAGCCAGAGCUCAACCGCUGUGAGAGGGGAAGGAGGGAAAUACGCCACAGUAACACACCGAGUCAGCCGUAGCCACUCCGUACGCAAUCAGGAAAAGGGCGCCAACCGAAACCAGAGCCAGUCGUUUGCUCUCCGUCAGAAGAAAAAAGGACCACCCCCACCGCCGCCCAAACGCUCCAGCUCGGCCAUCUCCACCUCCAACUCCAAUCUGACGGAUGCCAACACACAGCCGAAUACACUCACCACUACUGGGGGGAUGCUGGAUGUGCCUUACUACCAACAACGGCGAGCCAGCGACCUGGGGGUGUCCGUGGAGACAGCUGCCGUGGAGACGAGCAGCGUUGGCAGUGUGAGGAGCAUUGCCGCCAUGUUAGAGAUGUCUUCUAUCGGGGGAGGAGCCAAAGGCAUGGCAUUGCAGAAGAACUUUUUGCAGGUGGGAAAAACACGUGAUGCCAUCGGUCUGGAUGGUGAGGUGGUAAACCGACGACGGACCAUCAGCGGCCCCGUCAGUGAGCUUGUGGCGGCAGCAAGGCGCGACCAGCCAACUCCUUUGACUUUCCCCUCUCCCUCCACCCAGCCUGAAUCCUCCCCUCCUCCUGUUAAUUCCUCCUCACCCCAACCUCCAUCCUCACCCCACCCCAGCUCAGGAGGCAGUGGCAGCUCUUCAGAGAAUCUGCCUUUUGCAGAGGAGGGAAGUCUGACCAUCCGCCGCCAAGGUCGAGGAGAAGGAGAAGGACAGUGUGUAUUUUGUGUAUGUCUGCAGGGUGACGGCGAGGGUCACCAGGGAGACAGCAGCUACACCCAGGAUGACAUCUCCAAUGUUGAAGCCACGGCGACCUUAAAACGACGACCCCGCAGUUCCAAGCCCCACACCAACGGCUCUGACUUCACCCUUCAAGAGUCAUCCACCGUCAAGCGACGACCCAAGAGCCGUGACAAAGAGCCCGAGGGCUACGCAGACCUGGCCACAGCCAACGGGGAGCCUGCGAACACCGGGCAGCCAAACACCACACAGCCAGUUCCCUACCAGAACGGCACAGCCACCGUGAAACGCCGCCCAGUGUCUGAUGCUGGAGUGAUCGAGCAACCGCAACCCCAACCUCAACCUCAACCGCAACCCCAACCUCAACCUCAACCCCAACCUCAAACACAACCACAAGUGACUGCUGCUCCUCGCAGGGACAGCUUGGACCAAGGAGCUCCAGUGGCAAAUGAAGGUGGUCCUGUGAGGAAACCAAAGCCUCCAGUCUCCCCAAAACCUGUAGUGGCACAGAUAAAGAGACAGGGAGGACCUCAGACCCCACCGCAGCCUGUAUCCAACAAACGAGUACCCCUACCAGGUCCAGGGACACCUGGAAGUCCAGUGGAAGGAAAGAAAAUCCCUCCACCAGUUUCACCCAAACCAGCGCCACCACCCACAGCGCCCAAACCAGCCAAGCUCAUCCACUCUGUAACUGGCCCCGCACUGUCGACCCCAGCCUCUGCCCCGGCCAAGCAGCACUCUGCAGUGGCCCGACAGACCAGUUCACCGCCCUCCUUCCCCCCAUCUAACACUCCCAGCCCGCCGAACGCCAAACCGACGAGCCCUUCCUCCCAGAGUCCCCACACCCCACAGACACCCACCACGCCACAGACGCCCCAGACUCCUGCCACGCCCAGCCCCACCCCUCCGCCUGUCAAACCCCCACGAUCCUCCAUUGGGGGGGUGUCAGUGGACAGCGGGAUGUCAGGGGCGGGGUCACGGCGCCAGCCGCCACGACAACAGAGUUUGGAGUGGAUUCAUUGGUGCACCAGAAGUUGGAGGAAACAAGCGCUUCGCUGGCUGCUGCUCUGCAAGCCGUGGAGGAUAAAAUACUACGACAGGAAGACUCUGUGGCUGAGCAGAAGACCACAGUUAGCAUCCUUGACGACAUCGGCAGCAUGUUUGAUGACCUCGCCGACCAGCUUGACGCCAUGUUGGAGUAACUACAGAAACCAGCCGGUGUGUCUCCUUAGCAACGCUGCAUCAGAAGUGACUCAGUUGGCACAACAGACAACACGCCUCUCUAUCUCGCACCUUCUCCUCAUCCUUCUCUCUCUCAUCAUUCCCCUCCACCCCUCCCUGUCAUCCGUCCAUCGGUCUGUUGCUGCGUCAUUCCCGUCCUCUUCCUCUCGUCUCCUGAUGAUAACGGAGCAGCACCGCAGGCCCGGACAGACUUGGCGAGAGAAGGAGAGAGCAAGAAAGAGGAAUAGAUAGAGAGACUAAAAGAGAAAUGUUGGUUGGGGAAAGGACCAAAGACAAGCGAUGGAGGAGAGAAAGUAGAAAAAACACACAAAUGAUGAGAGAUGAAGAAAUGCAACAAAACGGAGGAGACUGCAAUCAAAAUGUGAGUCUUUAAAGAACUCUUCUGCUCAAAGCGAGCAAAGAAACAAAACCAAUACAGAAUGAAAAACCAACUGUGUAAUGAAUCAUAGUAUGGUAUGUGUACAUUAUAAGCAUGGAGAGUUUAUAUCUACUGAAAAAGUCCUGCAUUAGCACAGUAAUAUAUAAUAUACCGAUAAAUAUGAAUCUUUAGCUCUUUGGUUUGAUGUCUUGGUUCUGUGUGGAAUGGUGACCUCUGGUGUUGUGAUGAUGUAAAUGACUUGAUGGAUUUUUUUUUGUUUUGUUUUUGUUUUUUAUCCGUGACCAAAACGAGACUAUUCAGCUCCUGAGGUAUGUGUGUGUGUGUGUGUGUGUGUGUGUGUGUGUGUGUGUGUGUUGUGUGCACGCAAGAGAGAGAGGGAGAGCAAUAGGAACAGGGUGGUAGAUGUAUGUAUGUGAGUGUUUCAGGAUCAGAUUCUGUUUCCUGUCCUGGCUGCAUCUCUGCCAGAUCUUCGUCAUCACCCUGUACACACACACACACACACACACACACACAGGAGAAGCACAAUGCAGUCAGAUUGAUUACAGACACACACACACACACGUACACAAGGGAGCGUGCACAAUUAAUAAAUAAAAUAAAAAAGAGAGAAGGGGAGGGAGAAACAAAAGCAAGUGUACAGCAGGUUGUGUUUGGGACAAAGUAGGUCAAAUUCCUUUUGGAAACAGUUUGGAAAGGACUUAACCAUGUGAGGUCGAAGCCACCAUUGGUGAACAUGGAAUACAUGAUUAGAGGCGGGUUAGGGCUUCCGCCUAUGAUGGCUUAGACCUCAGAGAGUUAAAGGGGUUUCAUGCUUUUCGUGAGGUAAGGUAAAGGCAGUAGAGUCAGGCAACUGAGCAAAGCUUGAACUGGUCUUAGCUGCUUCUAAGUACUUUGCACAGUGCAGCACAAGCACCACAGUGAAGCUGAACGUCUAGAGAGACAAAGCUUUGCCACAAACUCAACUCAGCUCAAUGAAAAACUUGUUCUGGCUAAAGAGAUAUUGCAAAAAAUUUCAGGUUUCCCAAUGUGUUUAAUUUUCAGCUUUGUGCACAGGUUGCUACAGAGCACCUGAUACCAUUUUUGGGCCUAUUUGGAGUCCCUGCACAUUCUAUCCGUCCAAUGCUGAGUCAGAGUAGAUUCUAUAGAGGUUUUUUCCAACACUUAUUAACCAAAAAAACUAAAAGCAAGUAUUUGAAAACAGAUCUCAAUAUGUCAUUUCUAAAUGCCCCCAGCAUGAUACUGCCACUGCCGUGCUUCGUGCUGUGAAUUGUGAUUACUGAUUAUGACAAGUGUUUUACUUAAUGUGUGAAUUCUACUUCACACCUUCUCACUCAGUCUGAAGCCGUCAGAUUUACAGCUGUACUGAACUUCCAAGGACUUUCUGUGACUCGACAACAUCCUUGUGUCCGUAGCCCUUUUUCAUAGCAGACACGCCACAGCAGGAAAAGCAAAAGUGUAAAUGGAACUACAUUUAAAUGUACCUGUAAAGUCAAUUACACAAAGGUGUUUUCAUUCGAUCUAGAUAUUGAUUAAACUGUAUACUAUUAAAGCCUCUUUUUCUUUUGAUAAAACCUAUAUAAAAACUACUUUGAUUCACUGUGUUGGCCAAUAAAAAAGAUACAGUCAAAAUUUUUUAUAUGCUUCAUACACUACAUUUAAACAUACAUAGCUAAAGCUGAAUCUGCAGACUGCCUUUAGUCAAUGAUUUUUCACUGAAAUCCUAAUAUCCAUGACAAAAUACCUGCAUUUAACCUGUUAAGAAGGUCUCAAGGUACUCCAAGAUAACACGCUCCCUUCCACUCACAACCUUUCUAUCGCUCUUGUCCCACACACUCCCAAACACCCACCCUGUGUUGCCAUGACAAUCUACAUCACCACCAUUGUAAUCGGCAUUACCAUGGUUACUACACGGUGCGAUGGCACCGUGUACAUGGGAUGAAAAUAUAAAAAGUAUUCGAAUGGAGCAAGUGGCGGCAGAGAUCUGUGAAGCCUGGUGGUUUUUUCCGAGUGCAGCUCCUCAAACCAGAAGUUGGUUCAAUACUGAGAUUCCAACUGCACCGCUGCCCAUUAAGAAAAUCAAGGUUUCACAGUACGUUAGCAGCCACACUGUUUAUAUAAAUGAAUAAGAACUCAGAGAAUAGUCGUGGUAUUUAAAUUAUGAUCACAUAGAGAUUAUAUAUAUAUGGAUAUUUGAAAAAAAAAUAUAAGAAGAAGUGUAUUUAUGAGUGUGUUUCAUUCUGAAGACUAUUUUUAAAGUAAACAGAUCUAAUCUGAGUGUUGAAUCAGUUUGCUUUUUCAUGCUUAAGUGGUCUGAGCUGAUGAACCAUUGUAGGAUAACAUGUUGGGAUAUUUCCAGGAAGUGUUCUUUUAUUAUUAUUAUUAAUAUUAUUACUAUUAUUUUGUAUUGUUUUUUUCUGCGCCUACAUGUGUACAUGUGUCCUGGUGUGGCGAUGUGUAUAGUAUAAGCAGUUCUUGUUCAGUUUUGUUAUCUUUUGUAUAGUUUUAAAUGUCUUUGUUUUUCUUUGAAACAUGUGCCUUGCUUUGUGAUUUUGGUCUGACUUCAAUACAGUAGAUGGAUAUGUAUAAUAUAAGGGCAUCACUCUCUUUUUCCAGUUUGCUAUCUUACUUGAUAUCUUGGUAUGAAAAUUAUGCUGCCCUCCCCAGCACCACAGAGUUGUGAUUUUUAAUCCAUAAACUCAGCCGACUGAAACGAAACGUUCCGUUACUAGCAUAACCCCGGUUCUCUGAAAACCAGGAGAGGCAUUUCACUCUAGGAAGCACCCUCAUGGAAGCUCCGCUACCACUGCAUCAUUCUAAAGACAGACCAAUCACUUCAAGGAUAUGGGUCCCCCCCAACCCCUUUUGUAAUAGCCCCUGGCACCACACCAGGUACAGAAAUCAGUGUUCAGUUGGCUUGGAUGACAGAGAAUCAGUUUCAAAUAAAGACCUACAUUUUAGCUACUUCUCCUGCUUUCAUGAAGAAAUAUGUUGUGGGUCUGCUGUGUUAGCAUGUAAAGUUUUACAUUAUCACAAUGUUUAAGAAAGUUUUAGAAAAUAAACGUGGUUCUACCCAGUUAGCUGAGAGGAUCAAUGCCACUUUCAGAGUGAAGCCACAGAUACCAGCUGGUUAGUUAAGGUUUGCUUAAAAUUAAAGGACUGAAAACACUUUGGAAAAGCUAGUUAGCUUCCUAGGGAAUAUUUUAUUUGUUUAAUUUGUACAAAAAUCGAUGUAUGAUAUCUACAAUUAUCUUCUGACAUAGCAGUAGUUCUUUUCUUACAGUUUACAUUCAUAGUGCUAAGCUAAACAGAAAACCACAGUCUCACGUGUUGUCCUCUCAAUUUGAACUCAUUAAAAGAUAAGCAUAUAAACUGGUUAUAAAGACUGAACAAUGAGAUAUAAGUUCAAGUUCGACUCUGCCCGAGACUCUUUGGUUUUCAUUCCAGCUAAAACUUUAGUUUAAGAAAUUUGCUAACCGCGGCUAGCAACCAGCUGGAGGUAGUUUCAUGGAGUGUAACUAUCUCCAGGUCGAUGAUCGUUAACUUUUUUGUCUACGUUUUUUCUAAUUACAUAAUUGAAAUUAAACGUGUGCAAGACUGUUAGAUUUCAUUCCUGUUAAGAGUUUGUGAUAUUUUGCAUCAAAUGUACGCUGUGUAAAAAAUGUUUGCUUAAUUAUGCUAACUGUUAGCUGAAGGUAGUUCUGCUAAGCUACGCCAUGAGAGUGGUAUCAAUCUUCUGAUCUAGCUUUGAGUGAAAAAGCUAUCCCAACCCACUAUAUCCCUCAAAACAUGGACAACAACAAAUAGACCUAUCAUAAACUCAGUGGCUCAAUUUCUUCUACAUCUUCUAAGGAUUUGGCCUAAGCACAUAAAUAUUUCUGAACUCCAUUAGCUUAGUUAAGUAAAUUGUUACUGAAAGUGAUUGAGCCAGCUGUCACCAGAUGUGUAGGUGCAUAUUUAUAUGAAAUUUAAUUUCUUUAUUUUUUUUCCCCCCUUGAGUUAUUUUUACCUUGUGUUUAAUCUGGUACCAAACUGUCCUCUGUUAUUACAAACUAGACAUUGUGGUGACAUUAUCCGACAGAUGCUUGGUGGUCUGACCUUUGAGGGUUCACUGUACUGUGUGCGGCUUACAGCUGAGACACUUUAGCUUUUUCAUCCGCCAUCAUGUCAGAGAUAAAGUUUUGCCUUUUUUCAUCCUUCCUUAGGUCUCAUUUUGGUCAUCCUUCAUAUCGUAGGAAUUAUUUUGAAGUGUGUUUUGGUAUUUGGGCGUUGGGGUGAGGCUACUAAGGUGAAAAAAAACACAGAUGGUCAAAUAAGCUGUGGAGAAAAAGUACUUUUCAUCCCUUGUUCUUCUUAACAAAAGAUGAAGCCAAACUGUUUUUAUUUGAUUUUCCGCCUGUGCUUAUCUGAACAGACACCCGAGUGGUGUCUCCUCUGCUCUGCAGCGACUGUAUGCGAAUGCUUGAGAGAGUGUGUCAUGUGUUGCUCUGCUAUUGACUGUGUGAAAUCUGUGUGUGUGGGAGUGCGUGUGUGUUGUAGUGACUGGACAGUGGUGUGCUUGCAGUGACUGCAUCUUAUGGCCAUCUGCUCUGAAUAAAUAAAUGUUCUGUACAAACUU